GCAGAGGAACGCAACCCUCUCUUUCUUUGUACAAGGUUAAUUAUUUAACUUGUUGCUCGGUACCAUUUCUACCCGAAGGCAACCGUGUGUCAAGACGCGUGGUCAAGGUAUGCCAAGCAGCUGUUCUCCUCUGUCAUGGGUGAUAUUAGACAGCGCAAUGGCUCUGUUAGUAAUAAUGACACAGAUAUAUCUGUUGUCCCUUAUAGAGCGGACGACAUCCGUGUGCUUUGUCAUAAAGUUGACGAUGGGGACGUUGGGGAGGAAAUUGAGUUGCAAAGUCGAACAGAAGUGCCAGUGGAUACGGAUGCUGACGCGCAGGACUGCCAGCGGGUCAGCGGCGCUGCGUUUUACCGGGUUUGUGACGAAAACAGAAACGACCCUGACGGCGACGAGAAUGACGAUGGUGAGGAGGACACGGGGGCAAACACAGUUCAAAAAGAAAACAAACCAGCAUGUCCGGGGCUGGGCCUCCUUUAUGCCUUGUUAGCAUCUGUCUUCUUCUCCACUGCGGCUCUUCUUGUAAAGAAGAUCGAGGGGAUGCACGCCAUUGAAAUCAGUGCAAUACGUUGCUUCUUCCAGAUGCUGUUUGUCAUGCCAGCCAUGAUAUAUUACAACACUGGCUUUUUGGGACCAAGAGGUAUGCGAGUCUACCUGUUCUUCAGAGGGUUCCUUGGGUCCAAUGCCAUGAUCUUGUUGUAUUAUGCAGUUCUGCAGAUGCCCCUAGCCGACGCCACAGUUAUAAUGUUCAGCAAUCCAGUCUUCACAGCCUUGCUGGCUUGGAUUUUUCUCAAGGAGAGGUGCACAAUAUGGGAUGUCAUUUUUACUGUGUUUACACUUACCGGUGUCAUACUGAUAGCCAGACCUCCCUUCCUCUUUGGUGGCGAGCUGUCUGGGAUCGAAGGAGACUACACCAAUCACAUCAAAGGCACGGUGGCUGCCUUCGCGGGGGCGAUCGGAGCGGCUUGCACUAUGGUCAUUCUGAGAAAAAUAGGGAAAAGUGUUCAUUACUACCUCUCCGUGUGGUACUAUGCAGUCCUGGGACUUAUCGAGUGUGUCAUUGUUUUGUUCAUCUUGGACGAAUGGAAAAUUCCUUCCUGCGGCUGGGACAGGUGGACGCUCAUGGCCAUCGGGCUGCUCGGUAUAGCCGGCCAGACGUUCCUAACCAAAGCCCUGCAGAUUGAGAAAGCAGGACCUGUUGCACUGAUGAGGACGAUGGAUGUGGUCCUGGCGUUCAUCCUGCAGUUCCUAUUCCUCAACCGCAAACCGACAUGGUGGAGUUUGGGAGGAGCGCUGUGUGUGAUAAGCAGCACUAGUGGGGUGGCCAUAAAGAAGUGGUAUAGUAGCACAAAAAAUAAAAGCUGAUUGCAAAUUAUAGUGAGAUGAAAGAGAUUUUAUAUGUUUGCUACAAAUAA